AUGGCAGCCUACUUUCAAUAUGAGGAUGAUAUGCAUUCCACGCUAUGGUAUAUAAUCUACCACCACAAUCACAAGCCGACUAGUCCACCACCACAAGGAGUCUUCCCACCUGGCAGGCCACUGGACGGCCGGACCCGACCGUGCUCACCGUCUCCCGCUGAUGCGGACCUCCAUCUGUGUCCUCCACCGACCUACGCCAUGGAUUACCAUUGUGAUCUAUCAUGUUACUAUUCCUGA